AUGGUGAAAGGUCUAUGGAGUAGGAUUACUCCGUCGGUUUUAAAGUGGGCGGCAUUCUAUGAUGAAGCUCUUACGAGAAAGAGGAGUGGUCAAAACCAUUAUGAUGUUCUUCAAGAAGCUCACUUAUUUCACAAUAAGAAACAUGGUAGGUUCCUUCUUGAACAUGCUUGGAUAAUGAUGAAAAUAUUUCCUAAAUGGAUGGCCACGGUUAAGAAGUCAUUGGAAAAUCCACGUGGUCGUCGCAAAGCUCCACAAGAAACUGUGGAUUCACCUAGAAGCAGGAGUAGUAGUAAAAGGUCGAGAGUUGAUGGACGUGAUUCAAUGCCUAACACACCUACCAGUGGUGAAGAAUGUGAAGUGAAAAAACGACCCGAAGGUGAGAAGAAGGUAAAGUCCAGGCUCAAGGGUGUGGCUGGUGAAAUAAUUGAGUGUUUCAAUUCAUUUAAUGAAAGACUUCGGCUCCAUUUAGAGUUUAGGAGUAGACAUACUGAAAGAGAAAGGGAAAUGUUGGAGGUCCAAAAAGAGAAGGUUGCUCUAAAGAAACAACAAAUGGAGGUGGCAACUAGAAGCUUAAACUUGCAAUAG